UUCCUUUGAGUUUGGACGGGCAAACGAUCGAUGUUGCGGCGUAUCGGUCGCAGAAGAGAGCUGGGGCUUAUAUUUUGCUUUGACCGCUGCUGUGGCUUGAAGCGCAGUCCUCAAUAACUGGUUUACAAUUUUAUCAUUUAUUUAUAACGUUCAGCUUCUUGUCAUACUCAUUCGUAUCCGUCUUCUAACUUUUUCCCUCGGUGAACGGACUUUCCGCCAACACAUGAUGGCUUCGAUCAAAAAAUAUUCAUUCACGACGAAAGCGAGCGCUAAAGGUAUGGAGGGCUACGUUGGUUUUGCUAAUCUUCCAAACCAAGUUUUUCGCAAGAGUGUCAAGAAAGGAUUCGAAUUCACCGUCAUGGUGGUCGGUGAAAGUGGACUGGGCAAAUCAACACUUCUGAACUCACUGUUUUUAACUGAUAUCUACACACCUGCUGCAUAUCCAAGUGUAGAGGAACGACUCAACAAAACUGUUUCAAUAAAACCUUCAACAAUUGAGAUGAAAGAGGGAGGUGUGCGACUGAGACUAACAGUUGUUGAUACUCCAGGAUUCGGAGAUGCUGUUGACAACACUGACUGCUGGAAGCCCAUUAUUGAAUACAUAGACAACAAAUUUGAAGAAUAUUUAAAUGCAGAAUCAAGAGUGGUCAGAUCACCUUUCCCGGAUGACAGAGUUCAUUGUUGCUUGUACUUUAUUGCACCUACAGGGCACUGUCUAAAACCUUUGGAUAUAGAAUUUAUGAAAAGACUUCAUAACAAGGUUAAUAUUGUACCGGUGAUUGCAAAAGCUGACACUUUGACCCAUGAUGAGUGCACCAAGUUCAAAAAACAGAUACUUAAGGAAAUAGAGGAAAAUGACAUUGGGAUUUACAGAUUUCCAGACCUUGGAGGAGAUGAUGAUGAUGAUGUAGCAGCUGUUAGUAUGAAGGACAGAAUACCUUUUGCAGUGGUUGGUAGCAACACAGUCUUAGAAGUUAAUGGCAAGAGAGUAAGAGCCCGAGUGUACCCUUGGGGUGUGGCCGAAGUUGAAAAUGUAGACCACUGCGAUUUUGUUGCUUUAAGAAACAUGCUGAUCAGAACGCAUAUGCAGGAUCUCAAGGAUGUGACGAACGACACUCACUACGAAAAUUAUCGCUGCGAAAAGCUGGCGGCCAUGACCGUUGGCUCACCUACUAAUCAGCCAAGUUCUAACGUGUCUCUCAGUAGAAGUCCUCUGGAGCAACUGGAAGCUGAGAAAGAGGAACGAGAAAUGAAACUGAAGAAAAUGGAACAGGAAAUGGAGCAAGUGUUCGAAAUGAAAGUCAAGGAAAAGAAAAAGAAGCUCAAAGAUUCUGAGGCGGAGCUUGGCAAGAAAAACGAACAGAUGUGGAAACAGCUCGACCAGCAGAACAAGGAGCUAGAGGAAAAACGAAAACAGUUCGAGAGAGAGAAGGGACACUACGAGGAAGAACUGAAAAGUAAUGGCCUGAAGGGUCUGGAACGGUCUGACUCCUCCAGCAAAUCACUCAAAGAAAACCAUCGCGCUCUUUUCCAUGGAGCAUUGUGUUUCCCAAAGGCAUAAAUCUAGAAUCAACCAGGUCAGUAGAUGGUCUAGUGAAAGAAAAAGAUGGCAAGAAAAAAGAGAAGAGAAAGGGUUUCUUUUAAAUGAGUUUUUACCCCAGAGAAGACUGCAACACGAUAGGAUUGGAUUGUUAUGAACACUUCAUCGACAUAUUUGGUAUGACCUUGGAAUCGACGAACUACGGAGACAAAAAGAACACAGCGUGUGACACAAGAUGUUCAGUUGUUUUGCGUGACAGCGUGAGCGCGCAUCAGGACACUUUUAACAUUGAAUGAAGAAAGCGUGACUUGAAAACCAUUACUCCCAAAAGAUAGGAAUUUUGGUAUAACAUCGUUUUAAAUUGUUUUUCUGCCAAGCGUAUAUCGUUUAAAGAUUAUUUAAUGUAAAUUUGAAAAUGUUUUGUGGUUAUUUAGUGUACUAACUUCACUAAGGACAGAUUUCCAACAUUCAUUAUAUGAGAGAAGUCAAGUUUGUAAGCGAAAGAUACGUUUUCUUUUAAGCAGUUUUGAGAAUCAUUAGCUUGUAACUUUUAAAAUAUAUAUUACAUGCAAAGUAUCUUCCUGUAAUCAGGGUUAACAUUCCCCGUCUGAUUUCAUUACAACCUGCUUGCUUAACGGGGAGAAUUAGAUUUUGCCAUCGUGUCUUUUCCUCUGGAGAGCUUUGGUUUUAAGUGUGUGAACCUUGCUUGAAGGGGAAUAGUAAAAAAGGAAAUUUUAAACUGGACACAUCUAAGCAUGGCUUCUUCAGUUAAGAAUCUUGAAGUAAUUGUCGAGUUAUCUGCAUCUCAAAAGAAAAAAAAAUUUAUUCAGGUUAUAAACAUAUUACCUACAUCAUGUUAUGUUUUACAGAGACUAUGGGUGAAUCAACGAAACAGUUCUUACUGUUCAAACGCUAAGUUGCCAUAGAAAAAUCGUUAAUUGAAGAAAAUUUGUCAUUGCCUCCAUUAAAGAUGGCGUAUAAAACAACACUAAAAAGAUACUGGAGA